AUGUCACUUCGUACACGGUUACGGUUUGCUGUGACCGGCGGUAUAAUCUUGAUAGUGCUAUUGUACCUGUCGAAUAAUCGGUGGACCGUGCCAGCACUGGGGUACCAUAAGAGCCCUGUUCAUGCGCCAUCAAGACCCGUCGAGAAUAUCCCAGAGCUCCAUGCUUCCUUCUGGAGCGCAUUCCAGCCGGUGUUAGAGCGAUAUGCACCUACCUGCGAGCCGCCGAAGCAAGAGGGUAAAGCUUUGAUGAAAGAUAUUGGCUUUUAUCCCGACCGCAAUGAUCAGAAACGACCGGAUCAUAUGAGAAUGCCUAUCAAGGACGUGGAACUGAUGAAGAAGCUGCACACUGAUUUUGUUGUCGAAGUUAACAGUGGCCGCCAUAAGCCGUUCUACGCACCAGGUACCCGUGGUUUGGUGUCUACGGCGGGAGGUAGUUACCUACCUGUUCUGACUGUUUCCCUCCGCAUGCUCCGGAAUAGGGGCUGCUCCCUACCGAUGGAAGUUUUUCUGGCCACAAACGACGAGUUCGAACCAUACAUCUGUAACGAAGUGUUCCCUGCACUGCAGGCUAAAUGUGUCGUCCUCGAGAAUAUGCUCAAAGCUGCACCUAAGAAAGUCAAAAUCUCCCACUACCAGUACAAGAUAUUUGCGAUGCUCUUUGCCUCAUUUGAAGAACUUCUCUUCCUUGAUGCGGAUGCCUUCCCCCUCCACGACCCUAACGAACUAUUCCACAAGGAACCGUUCUCCUCCGGAAAGAUGGUUCUGUUCCCUGACUUCUGGUCCUCGAGCGCAUCGCACCAAUACUACACUAUUGCUUCUUCACCAAUCCCCAAUAUGAAUGAACGAGCCUCCACUGAAUCCGGGGAAAUCAUGCUUUCAAAGAAGCAUCAUGCAAAGACGCUGCUGCUUGCUGCAUACUAUAAUGUUUAUGGCCCAGGCUACUAUUACCCACUCCUCUCCCAAGGUGCCGCUGGUGAAGGGGAUAAAGAAACUUUCCUCACAGCAGCUACAGCUGUCGGUGAUUCUUUCUACCAAGUGAGCGAGCGCCUUCGCGCAAUCGGACAUCACUCACCAAACGGCAUGGCUGGUUCGGCCAUGGUUCAAUUUGACCCAACCGAGGAUUACGGCCUGAUUCAAAAAGGACUUUGGCGCGUCAAGAACGAAUCUGUCGCCCCAUCUCCUAGACCAUUCUUUGUCCAUGUGAAUGUUCCAAAGUUCAACCCUGCUACAAUCUUCGAUGACCACCCAAUCGACCCCGUUCGGGACCACACCGGCAAGUUCAUUCGACCAUGGACCGUACCGGAAGAAACUAUAAAGCAAAUGGGUGAAGGCGUCGAGAGACAGUUCUGGACGGAGAUGAAGUGGGUUGCCUGUGAGCUGGAAAAGAAAUUCAAAUCCUGGGAGAAACUUGAACGGGUCUGUGAGAGUAUGAUGAAAUAUUGGAACGAGGUCUUUGAGAAAAAGCCAAAGCAAUAA